CAGCCUUUCUUCUUCUUCGUCACACUGUUCCCUUCUUCUGCUUCACCUCUUUAUCCUGUCCUCCCUUCUACUGUUCUUCUUCAUCAGCAGUUAGAAGGAAACGUCAGGGAAGAUCUAUCUCCUCCACUUCACAAAAGAAGCUGCAAUCUUCUCAUCAUGCGUCUUCCCUUUCAAGAAGCAGACCAGGCAAGGGAUGAUCUCUUGAGUUAAUUUUUCCCUUUCAGAGAAAGCCCAUUUGCUUACUUGCCUUUCUGUUUAUUGUUCUUUCGUGUCAAAGGAAGAAGACCUCCCAUCUUGUGCUUUCUAGCUAAUUAUUUGGAUGUAAAAGAGAAAACUCAGAUUUGUAUCACCUUUUUAACAAAAGAACAAAAACAUCAUCAGCUGGAAUGAUUAUUGGUAACCACAUCUGGAAAGAUGGCAGUUCUUCUUCCUUUGAUAACUACCGACACCAUCAUCAAGUGAUUGUUGUUGCUAUUGGUUAUGAAUUUUCUAGUUUCUGUUAAAACUUAAAUAUAGUUGCCUGCGCUUACUUGAAGAAAUUGGAACCUGUAGAUCUUCCCCUACAGUUAUCUUCCUCCUCUCUUUCUUGCUGCCCCUGCCGUCACCGCAACCUCCAUCACUGCGACGUUGCCAUUAUCAGAAUCAGAAGGGAACUGCGUUAUUCCCUUAUGAUAUUGCCGUCUUAACCACCACCAUCAUUGCCAUCUUCUUCAAAAUCAUCGUCACCCUCAUCCUUUUCCGGCCAGAACUGCUAUUGUUAAUACCUGAUCCUCUAUCCCAACGGAAGCAUAAAUCCUUCAUAUUUCUUCCCAGUAUUAUGUUCAUCAAAAUCAUGACUACUGCAUCCACUAACCCUUAUAUUAUGUUAGAAUCCUGAACAUCAUUUCCGUCUUAUAAUCUUCCUCUCCUGUCAUUUCAUUUGUCAUCAUCUCUACUAAGAGGAGAAAAGGAAGGCCUCCUUUUAGCUUUUCUUUUCUUCAUGUUUCUCGCUGCAUCACUACAGCAUCCAUGGAGCUAGAGACUGCACUGCACCGUGCACCAUCCGAUAAUGCUCUCCCUUUCUAUAUUCAACCUUCUUUGCCUAACAACGGAUCAGCCAACACCAUCCUCGUAUCUCCUCUACCACGUUUAACUCUGCCGUUCGACUACCUCACUAAUGGUGCCGACGGCGGCGGCGGCGGCGGCGGCGGCAGCGGCGGCAGCAGCAGUAGUGGAUCCAGUUGCAUGGAGCAGCUGCUGAUCCAUUGCGCCACGGCUCUUGAAACACAUGACUCAACUUCAGCUCAGCAAAUCCUCUGGGUCUUGAACAACAUUGCUUCACCAGAUGGUGACUCCACGCAGCGCCUCACUUCAGCAUUCCUGCGAGCACUCAUCACUCGUGCUGCUCAAAGUGGUGGAGCCGCUCCUCCUUGCUUCCUUCAGCACUUUCCCUGCCGCACCGAGCCGCCGACCCGUCGCCUCAGCGUGAUCGAGCUUGCUGGAUUCCUCGAUCUCACUCCUUGGAACCGGUUUGGGUUCUCUGCUGCCAAUGCAGCCAUAGCCGAAGCUGUGGAGAGCUUCUCAGUUGUUCGGAUUAUUGAUCUCAGCCUUUCACAUUGCAUGCAAUGGCCUACUUUAAUCGACUCCCUCUCAAACAGGCCGGAAGGUGCACCCUUUAUACGGCUGCAAGUCUUCUCCGGUACAAUUUCCAGCCACUUGCCGGAAAUUGACAUGACCUACGAAGAGCUUGGCAUUAGGCUCACCAACUUCGCACGGUCGCGGAAUGUGGGGUUGGAGUUCACACUCAUUUCCGUUGAUGGAAUCCCAUCCUUGAUGAAAGAGUUGCAGAAUCAAAGGCUAGAAAUAAUGAACCAAAGGCUUGAUACCAUGUUGGAAGAGGCACUUGUUGUCAAUUGCCAGAUGUUGUUGCAUUAUAUUCCAGACGAAACACUGGAUGCCAAUUCGAGCUCUGGCUUUCAUAUCAGUUCUCCUGCUUCUGCUUCUAGUUCUCUUCGAUUUGAACUUCUGAAAGAGAUCAGAAGCAUGGAACCCACCAUUGUAACCCUUGUUGACGAAGAUGCUGAUCUGACAUCUACCAAUUUGGUGGCAAGGCUUAAAUCAGCUUUCAAUUACCUGUGGAUUCCCUUUGAUGCAGUGGAGACAUUCCUUCCCAGAGAAAACAAGCAAAGGAUCCUAUAUGAAUCAGAUAUCUGCCAUAAGAUUGAGAACAUUAUUGCGUUUGAAGGAGAGAGGAGAAUAGAAAGAUUAGAGUCCAAGGCAAGAUGGGUCCAACGGAUGGAAAGAGUUUCUUUUAGAAAUAUUGGCUUCAGUGACGACACAGUUGCAGAGAUGAAGAGCUUGUUGGAGGAGCAUGCUGCUGGAUGGGGGUUGAAGAAGGAGGAUGAUGAUUUGGUGUUGACAUGGAAGGGACACAAUGUGGUGUUUGCUACCGCUUGGGUGCCCACAUAAGUAAGAACAGAUAGAAAAUGGAAGACUGUAAAUUACUGUUUUCUUUGUUUUUCCUUAGUUGUUUCUAACUCUUGUUUCUUUUUAUUCUUCUCCCUUUUUAUUUGUAUGUGCUGAUUUAGAAACAUGGUAACGAUUGUUCUUACUGCGAAACAUGAC